GUUACCAACAAGGAAAGAACACGCGCUCAACCCUUUUUCUCUCUCGCGGCGAACUUCAAACCCUUGUCUCCUCUGCAUCAAAUCGACGGCACAACCGUCGACUCUGGCCUCCGUCGACUUUCCAGACUCGACUGAAGCCUCUCUCUCCCCAGAUCGAAGAUCCAAUGACUCCUCCGCCGACGGAUUUGGUUGACCAACUCCGCCACGAGAUCGAUGAAGAAGCUCCUUCUCCGGCCAUCGUUCUUCCUCCUGUCUCUGGGCCUCUCAGUAAUGCUGCUGCCAGUGUUGUUAACACCAUAGAAGAAGAAGCGGGUGAUAACGAGACUGAUGAAGAAGCGAGUGAUGACGAUUCAGAUAAAGGUCCCACCUUUAUUCGCUCCUUGGGUGCGUGGUCAAAGCCACUUCAUUUCACGCCACCACCGACUCCUCCAGAACCUGCAACUCCAAGGUUCGGAGAUACAGAGAUGCUACAAAGUCAAAUAGAUUCAUUCUGGCCUUCAAUUAGCGAAGCUAUUGUCAACGGUCCUAAGAAGAAGGGUCAUCUGAUGUUUCCUAAGAAAUCAGUGACGCAAAUGCCGGUAGAUAAAAUUCCACCUCCAGCUCUCAAGGAAGAUGGUAGUCUUCGGUUUCCAUGGGCUGCCCGAAUGAACCAAUCUUCUAGAAACUUAUUUCGUGCCACUGAACCAACAUACCGACUGGAUGGAACUCCUCAAGUGACAAUCCCCUCCAAGGUACUUAAGCUAGGACCUGAGAAUAAGGAAGAAUAUGUUGUAGGACAGUUUCAUAGGUGUUCUAGCCCGCCUGGAGGUCUUAUUCAUGCUGUGUUGAAUAGGUUAUGGGGUCGAGAAUGUAGGAUAACCUGCCGAAAGUUAGGGGAUUCGUCGUUUUUGUUCCAUAUUCCUCAUGAAAAUACUCGUAAAUGGGUUAUCCAGCGAGGUGUGUGGCAUGUUGAUGAUUGCCUCCUCUUUGUGUCUCCUUGGAAUCCGGUAACCUCUUUCAAAAUCCCAGAGAUUUCUACGCUACCAGUGUGGGUCAACCUCAAGAAUAUCCCAGAUUCAUGUUUUUCUAGGUUAGGCAUUAGUCACAUAGCAUCGGGUUUGGGAGAGCCAAUGCUUACGCACAAGCCUCGCUUAGAUCCAGCAAAUAUGGGAGAAGCAAAAAUUUUAGUUGAAGUUGAGUUAGAUAAGCCAUUUCCGAAGCUAAUUGUGCUUGAUGACAAGCAAGGCAAUAUCUUUUUAGUGGAGGUGGAGUAUUCUUGGAUUCCAAGUGCUUGUGAUAGAUGUGGAGCACUUGGCCAUAAAGAGAAAAGGUGUUUACUGCCUCCUAAGCCUCAUGAUUCUGCUACUGUUACUAAGGAACCUCAGGUUACCAACGAAGAGAUUCCAGUGGUGAAUAUAGUUCAUUUGGCACAGAAUUCCUUCAGUACACUUGUCGAAAAUUUGGAGCCAUGUUCGGGCUCGCUCUCUACCCAACAAGAACUUGAGACUCCAGAAAAGUCUUUGAUUACUACACCUUCUGAGGCUGCAGUUGUCACUCCUUUCACAGAUUCGCAUGAGAGUUCAAGAUACGGACGAGUUGAUGACUGAGUGGCGAACGAAUUAAUGAAACUUGGAUCUGUAGUGGUAGAGAACCAUAACUUUGAUACACAUCGAAACCUUAGCAAUGAUUUCGCUGGAAGUCUCAGUAAUAUCUCCCUCAUGAGAUCAUGAGGAAUAUCACACUCACCAUCUCUUUCAUAAUUUUUCUUGUCCUCUUUAUUUUUCAUCACUCCUAGUUUUAAGCCCAUACUUUAAUUUCUCAAU